AUGGAGCGGGCCUGGGCGCGGGGGCUGCGCGGAGGCCGCGGCCCGCCGGCGCUCGGGCUCGCGCUCGGGCUGGCUCUGCUGCUGGCGCGGCCGCCGUCGGGCGGCGCGGGGGGCCCCGAGGCGCAGGAGCCGGCGGCGCCCGGCACGGCGGCCCCGGCCGGGGGCGACCGCUGCCGCGGCUACUACGACGUGAUGGGGCAGUGGGACCCGCCCUUCAACUGCAGCUCGGGCGCCUACAACUUCUGCUGCGGCACGUGCGGCUACCGCUUCUGCUGCCACGACGGGCCGCGGCGCCUUGACCAGAGCCGCUGCUCCAACUACGACACGCCAGCCUGGGUUCAGACUGGCCGGCCUCCCGCGCGUGCCCGCGACGCCACGGUGCCCCGGGACCCGGGCCGCGAACGCAGCCACACGGCCGUCUACGCGGUGUGCGGCGUCGCCGCCCUGUUCGUGCUGGCCGGCAUCGGGGCGCGUCUGGGCCUGGAGAGGGCGCACAGCCCGCGCGCGCGGCGCACCGUGACCAGGACACUGACAGAACUUCUGAAGCAGGCUGACCCCCAGGAGCCACUGCCUCCACCUCUGGACCCACCUCUGGGUAGCUGUGUCCAGGUGCAGAUGGGCGAUGGCCUCCCCCAGGGCUCCCUCCACAACAGCACAGACAAGAAACGCCCCAUCAACGUGCCCCUGGCUUCGGCGACAGCGGGCCCCCCGCGCGCCCCGCGGCUGCAGGGCGGCGGCAGCCUGACGAGGCAGCCGGACUACGCCAAGUACGCCACGCUCAAGGCAGCCGCGCUCAAGGCCGCAGAGGCCUCCCCGCGGGACUUCUACCAGCGUUUUCCCGCGACUGAAGCUGCCCCGCCGACCCUCCCGGCGCGAGCCCGGAGGCCCCCCGAGGACUUGCCUGCACUGCUCGACGCCUGCCCCUGGGCCCCGCCGGGCUACGCGCCCCCCGCCGGCCCCACCCCAUCGGGCCACUACAAGGCCUGGACGGCCGGCCGCCCGGCCCAGCCCGCCCCCCGCGGCCACCUGGCGUCUCAUGCCUCCUCAGCGCCCCGGAGGCCCGGCGACGCACCUCGGCGCCAGUUCAGCGUGGAGAAGCUGCCCGAGGCCUUCAGCCCGCAGCCCCCUGGCGUUUAUGGCCGCGCCAGCCGCGGACCCCGGCACCUGAGCACCAACAGCAAAGCCGAGGUCACCGUGUGAAAAAGGGGCCGCUGGUUCUGAGGCAUUGCAUCGCCAGGAGCCCUCUUCUGCCUGGGGGACUCGCCAUGGGCUUGAUCGGGGGCCCAGGCUACCGGAAGGAAGGGUGCUGGCCGUGAAGGCCAGCCCUUCUGCCUGCCCACUGGACUGGGAGCCUCGGAGCCUGCAGGGCCAAGAGGCCCACUUGGGUAAAGCCAGUGGUUCUGUCCUGGGGGCCUUAGGGCCCGGGUUCCUUGUGUAAAUAAACCCUUUUCUGUGACUCCCAUCCCUGAGAAUAAAGGAGCCCCAGCUUGGCUCUGCGAGGCGCUGA